AUGUCAGAGAGCGAUAAACCUGGAAAGAACGAUUCCCCAAAUCCCAUGGUCAUGUUCAUGGCAGAGUUCAAGCACAAGGAUGUGCAUCGACGCCUCAACUCCGUCAAGAAGCUCUCCGAAACGGCCCUGGCCUUGGGCACGGAGCGUACUCGUUCCGAGCUAUUACCCUUCAUCGCCAUGAGGUUCCACGAUUCGGAGGUGGUGAUGAUGUCUCUGGCCGAAGAACUGGGUCAUUUUACCAGCCUUGUGGGUGGACCCACCUUUGCCAUGCACUUGCUACCGCCACUGGAGUAUCUGGCCACCGCCCAGGAGACGGUGGUGCGUGGCCAGGCCAUUGAAUCGCUGCGCAGUGUGGUCGCUGAGCACAGUGUCCAGGAUCUGGAGUUUCAUGUGGUGCCGAUGCUUUUGCGUCUCGCCACGGGUGACUGGUCCACUUCGCGGAGCUUGGCCUGUAGCCUAUUUGCGAUCUGCUACAGUCGGACCACUAAGCCCUUGAUAAGGGCAGAGCUGCGCACCGAAUUCCGGAAGCUUUGCCAGGACCCGCUACCGAUGGUGCGACGAGCGGCGGCCAGUCAGCUGGCUGAGUUCGCCAAGGUCGUGGAGGUGGAAUACCUCAGGACGGAUAUAGUCCAAAACUUUGUGCUGCUGGCCCAUGAUAAUCAAGACUCUGUUUGCCUUCUGAUCGUGGAGGCUGCCGUCAGCAUUGCCCGUCUAUUGUCACAAAACGAACUCGAGGUCCUCAUUUUUCCCACAGUAAGACAGUUCACUUGUGGUGUGUCGUGGCGUGUACGUUAUACUAUGGCUCAGCACAUGGCGGACAUGGAGAAGGCCAUGGGACCGGCGAUGACGAGAAAGCAUCUGGUGCCCGCGUUUCAGUCCCUCCUCAAGGACUCGGAGGUUGAGGUACGCGCUGCGGCGACCAGCACCUUGCAGAGCUUCUGUGCCCAGCUGCACAAGGACGAUCAGGAGCAGAUCAUACUGGAGUCAUUUUUGCCCUAUAUACGUGAUCUUGUGUUGGAUGAGAAUCCCCAUAUCAAGUCGACACUGGCCACAGUCAUCAUGUGCCUGAGUCCCAUCCUGGGCGCUUAUCAUACCCGGGAGCAAUUGCUGCCAUUGAUACUCACUCUGGUCAAGGACGAGUGUCCAUCGGUGCGGAUGAAUAUUCUCGCCAAUUUGGAUUGCACCACCGAUGUCAUUGGCAUCCAACAGAUGUCGGAGUCGAUGCUGCCCGCCCUUAUUGUGCUCGCCAGGGACACCACUUGGAGGGUGAGACUGAGCGUCAUCAGGUACAUGCCCGCUUUGGCCAGGGAGAGGGGUCAGGUGUUCUUUGACCAGAAUCUGCGCGAUAUCUCCAUGGGAUGGCUUAAUGAUUGUGUGUAUGCCAUACGUGAGGCUGGUGUUUGGAAUAUGAAGAAGAUAGUGGAUAUAUUUGGAGCUCCCUGGGCUGUGCAAUCCAUCGUUCCCAAGAUCCUGACUAUGGCCGGCAAUGGGAGCUAUUUCUAUCGAAUGACCUGCCUGUUCUGCGUGAAGGCUUUAGCUGAGGUUUGCGGUAUGGAUAUUAUCACGAAUCUAAUGCUACCAACUGUUCUUCAACUUGCUGAUGAUCCCGUGGCCAAUGUUCGUUUUAAUGUGGCCAAAACUCUGCAGAAGAUUGCACCCAUCUUGGAUGCCUGUGUCAUCGUUGACAAGGUGAAGCCCACUCUUGACAAACUGAAGGGGGACAAGGAUUCGGAUGUCAAGUAUUUUGCUGCAGAGGCCAUUCUCGCUAUAGGAGGAGUGUAA